AAUGAGUAGCAGCCGUGGCACAGACAGCAGCAUCAGCACCACUAGCCGUAGUAUCCUUCUUUGUGGAUGAUGAAGGCUGCAGGUUGUAGGAGCAUCCUCACACAUAUCUGGACAUAGACUUUUCUUGCCCGCUUGCCUUUCACACAAAUGUUGUGGCCACCAGAGAGGACGCAGUGAGUGACAGGGGCUCGGGGGACAGAGGGACACGGGAAGAGGAAACAGGGACGACUGGUGGUUAUAGUGCAAGAGAGAGGAGGGCUGGAGCGACGGCGACUGGGGCAGUAGCAACAAUAGCAGCGGCACCAUGGCACAAGCCGCCAAGCAGCUCCGCAAGACCAAGGACCUCGCAGAGGCCGCCGCCCAGGAGCAGAGGGAGAAGGAGGAGGAAAAGAUAAAAAAGAGGAAUCGAUCUAGGGAUCGCAGGCGCAAGGCCGAUUCAGCCACCAGCUUCCUGCGUGCAGCUCGUUCAGGCAACUUGGACAAGGCUCUGGAUCAUAUCAAGAAUGGAAUUGACAUCAACAUAGCUAAUCAAAACGGUCUAAACGGGUUACAUCUGGCCUCCAAAGAAGGUCAUGUCAAAAUGGUCCUUGAGCUCCUACACUCUGGCAUUGAGCUGGAAGCAACCACCAAGAAAGGGAACACUGCUCUCCAUAUUGCAGCGCUGGCAGGGCAGGAGAAAGUGGUGGCUGAGCUGGUCAACUACGGUGCCAAUGUUAAUGCCCAGUCACACAAAGGCUUCAGUCCACUUUACAUGGCAGCACAAGAGAACCAUUUAGAGGUGGUCAAGUUCCUUCUUGAGAACGGCGCCAAUCAGAGCCUCCCAACUGAGGAUGGCUUCACGCCCCUUGCAGUGGCCCUCCAGCAGGGCCAUGAAAACGUUGUGGCACUGCUCAUCAACUAUGGCACGAAGGGCAAGGUCCGCCUCCCUGCCCUUCACAUCGCUGCACGAAACGACGACACACGGACCGCUGCGGUCCUCCUGCAGAAUGACCCCAACGCUGACGUACUCAGCAAGACUGGUUUCACACCUCUGCAUAUUGCAGCUCACUAUGAAAACAUGACUGUAGCCCAGCUGCUGCUGAACAGAGGAGCUAACGUCAAUUUCACUCCCAAGAAUGGUAUCACACCUCUUCAUAUAGCCGCCAGGAGGGGCAAUGUCAUGAUGGUCAGACUGCUGCUGGACAGAGGAGCACAGAUUGAUGCCAGAACUAAGGAUGAGCUGACUCCUCUCCAUUGUGCAGCCAGGAACGGUCAUGUUCGCAUUAUUGAGAUCCUACUGGAACACGGUGCUCCCAUCCAAGCUAAAACCAAGAACGGUCUGUCCCCCAUCCACAUGGCAGCUCAGGGGGAUCACAUGGACUGUGUCAGGCAGCUACUGCAAGACAACGCUGAGAUUGAUGACAUCACGCUGGACCACCUCACCCCGCUUCAUGUAGCAGCUCACUGCGGCCACCAUCGCAUGGCCAAAGUUCUACUGGACAAAGGGGCAAAAGCCAAUUCUCGAGCUUUGAAUGGCUUCACCCCUCUUCACAUUGCUUGCAAAAAGAACCACAUGCGGUCGAUGGACCUGCUGCUAAAGCACUCUGCUUCCUUAGAAGCCGUCACAGAGUCUGGUUUGACUCCUCUUCAUGUAGCAGCAUUCAUGGGCCAUCUGAACAUAGUGAAAAACCUGCUCCAAAGAGGGGCUUCACCUAAUGCUUCCAAUGUGAAAGUGGAGACUCCCCUCCACAUGGCCUCCAGAGCAGGACACUGCGAAGUCGCUCAGUUCCUGCUUCAGAACGCAGCACAAGUGGAUGCCAAGGCAAAGGACGACCAGACCCCCCUACACUGUGCGGCUCGUAUGGGCCACAAAGAGCUUGUCAAGUUGCUCCUGGAGCACGAGGCUAACCCCGACUCAGCCACCACUGCAGGUCACACACCCUUACACAUUGCUGCACGGGAAGGACACAUCCACACCAUUCGAAUAUUGCUGGAUGCUGGAGCACAGCAAAUCAAGAUGACAAAGAAAGGUUUCACUCCCCUCCACGUGGCCUCUAAAUAUGGAAAGGUGGAUGUUGCAGAGCUCCUCCUGGAGAGAGGGGCCAACCCCAAUGCGGCUGGGAAGAACGGUCUGACACCCCUUCAUGUGGCCGUCCAUCACAACAACCUGGAUGUUGUUAAACUCCUGGUCAGCAAGGGAGGAUCUGCACACAGCACUGCCCGAAACGGUUACACUCCUCUGCACAUAGCGGCCAAGCAGAACCAGAUGGAGGUGGCCAGUUGCCUGCUUCAGCACGGGGCAUCACCCAACGCUGAGUCCCUCCAAGGCAUCACACCCCUCCACCUAGCAUCGCAGGAGGGACGGCCAGACAUAGCGGCCCUGCUCAUCUCCAAACAGGCCAAUGUAAAUCUGGGAAACAAGAAUGGACUGACCCCUCUGCAUCUUGUAGCUCAGGAAGGUCAUGUGGGCAUCGCUGACAUGUUGGUCAAACAGGGAGCUUCUGUUUAUGCUGCUUCAAGGAUGGGCUACACGCCCCUUCAUGUGGCCUGUCACUAUGGCAACAUCAAGAUGGUGAAAUUCCUUCUACAGCAGCAGGCUCAUGUGAAUGCUAAAACGAGGAUGGGCUACACCCCUCUUCACCAAGCAGCUCAACAAGGCCAUACCGACAUUGUCACCCUUUUGCUAAAACAUGGAGCACAGCCAAACGAAAUUACUUCGAAUGGAACAUCCCCCUUGGGCAUCGCGAAGCGGCUGGGGUACAUUUCUGUCAUUGAUGUGCUGAAGCUGGUUACCGAGGAGUCUGUUUCCACAAUCACCACAGAGAAGCAUCGGAUGAGCUUUCCAGAAACAGUUGAUGAGAUUCUGGAUGUUUCCGAAGACGAAGGGGUUGCCCAGCUAACGUUAGGAGACGAGCUGCUUGGAAUGGAUGGAGCACGCUAUUUGAAACUCGAUGACUUCAAAGAUCAGGACGAUGACUUUCUCUCCCCAAAGAAGUCACUCAGAGACUUUGAGGGUGGUGUGGGAACCACCCCCUAUUCUCCUGCUAUUCCCAGGAUCCCCUGUGUCUCACCGGAAACGGUUCAAUUGGACCAGCACACACCAAUCCCUUUGCCAAAAGAGUACGAUGAAGAUUCACUUAUUCCAAGCAGCCCGGCUACGGAGACGUCAGAUAAUGUCAGUCCUGUGGCCAGCCCCAUCCACACAGGCUUCCUGGUGAGUUUCAUGGUGGAUGCUCGAGGAGGCUCCAUGCGAGGUAGCAGACACCAUGGUCUGCGGGUGAUCAUCCCUCCUCGCACCUGUGCUGCACCCACGCGCAUCACCUGCCGUCUUGUCAAACCCCAGAAGCUUACCACACCCCCCCCACUGGUGGAAGGGGAGGGCCUCGCUAGUCGGAUCAUCUCUCUGGGGCCGUCCAGUAUGCAGUUCCUUGGUCCUGUAAUAGUGGAAAUCCCUCACUUUGCCUCAUUGGGUCGAGGGGACCGAGAGCUGGUGGUCCUCCGCAGUGAAAACGGUUCAGUCUGGAAGGAACAUCGCAAUCGCUAUGGUGACGAAGUGCUGGAAACCAUUCUGAAUGGCAUGGAUGAAGACUUGGAGAGUCAAGAAGAGCUGGAAAAGAAGAGAAUCCGUCGAAUAAUCUCCACAGACUUCCCUCUGUAUUUCGCUGUCGUCUCCCGCAUUCAGCAGGAGAGCGAGCUCAUUGGUCCUGAGGGCGGCCGGCUGACCAGCAAGCUGGUGCCUCACGUCGAGGCCAUCUUCCCCGAUACAGCUGUCACAAAGAAAGUCAGGCUGGGACUGCAGGCACAACCAAUCCCUGAUGAGCUGCUGACUCGGCAGCUUGGUAACCAGGCAACUUUCAGCCCAGUGGUGACCAUCGAACCACGGCGCCGGAAAUUUCACCGUCCAAUUGGACUGCGCAUUCCUUUACCACCAUCCUGGAGGGAGAGUCCUCGCGAUGCUGGCGAGGGAGAUACCACCAGCCUGCGUCUCCUCUGCAGUGUCAUAGGUGGAACGGCACCAGCUCAGUGGGAGGACAUCACUGGAACAACCAAGCUGAUGUAUGCCAGCAGCUGCGCCAGCUUUACCACCAACGUGUCUGCAAGGUUCUGGCUGGCAGACUGUCCACGUACUGCAGAAGCAGUGACCUUUUCCAACUUGCUGUAUAGGGAGCUAAUGGCCGUUCCAUACAUGGCCAAGUUUGUUGUCUUUGCAAAGAUGAACGAAGCGCGUGAAGGGCGAUUACGCUGUUACUGCAUGACCGAUGACAAGAUGGACAAAACUCUGGAGUUGCAUGAAAAUUUCACAGAAGUGGCCCGCAGUCGGGAUAUCGAGCUCAUGGAGGGAAUGCCACUCCACCUGGAGUGUUCUGGGAACCUGGUGCCCAUCCGGAAGGCCACUCAGCAGCCUCGUAGCUUCAGCUUUCAGGCCUUCAGAGAUAACAGACUCCCCGUCUCAGUCAAGGUCAGAGAUAGCAACAAGGAUUCCACUGGGUUUCUGUCUUUUCUGCGAAAGUGUACCAAGUACGAGGACUCCCAGCAUGUACUGUGUAACCUUAACAUAACCAUGCCACCUUGUGUCAAGGUUAUCGGAAGUGAGGAGCGCAGGAGAACUUUAACCCCUCUGGCCCUGAGGGAGCGCUACAGUGGGCUGAAUGAGCCCAGUGUGGUCACAGUGAAUGCCAUGGAGAGGGCUGAGAUCAAGAUCAAUGUUAUAUCUGAGCAGCUUGGUUUGAGCUGGGCUGAGUUGGCACGGGAGCUUCAGUUUUGUGUGGAUGACAUUAACAGGAUCCGUGUGGAGAAUCCAAACUCUCUGCUGGAUCAGAGCUCUGCCCUGCUCAAUCUGUGGGUGAGCAGAGAGGGCAAAAAGGCCAAGAUGGAGAGCCUGUACACCGCCCUGAGGAACGUGGACCGUACAGACAUUGUAACCUCACUGGAGGGUCCGGCCCAGCAGCCGGGACCCGGAUAUUCAGAAGAGGGUGCAUGUCGUCUCAUUGACCGCGACUCCAGCUUCCUGUCGCCCAGCGUGAUUAAUGAGAUCACGGACACAAGGCCAUCUCGCCUAGUGCACAAGCCGAGAGUUAUUAGACCCCCGUUUUUCAGAAGGGGUUAUGGGCUGGUGCAGGAGGAGCUCCUGUCUCCGGCUUCCUUGCAGUACAGCUUGCCCUCUCCACUCAGCGUGGAGCCUUACUGGCAGGAAGUCUCUAGCCUGGAGUGUGCGCCCAUCGCCACCACAGAAGAGGACACUUUAAUGGAGAUGUCGGACGUGCAGGUGUGGCCUGCAGGGGUCAGUCCCUCUCUGGUCACAGUGGAGGACUCUUCCCUGGAGGGCAGCAGUCGGGCUGACGACUCAGAGGGUGCCACGCUCUCUUUGCCCUACAGCUUGGGACGCCCGAGCAGCGGUGCCAGCGGGGCCAGCGGUUCCAUCAUGGAACUGGAGGAAGAAGAGGAGGAGGAGGAGGAGGAGGAGGAAGGAGAGGUUGAGGAGGAGGAGGCACCACAGGAGCUAGUGAGUGCACUGGCAGAAAGGGACAGGGUGAGGGCCAGUGGCGCCGUUCCAAAGGUCAACCUAAACGGGCAGCUGGGAGGUCAGAGGUCGGACGUGAGGAAAGUGGAGGCUUCGACGGUGGGAGGAGGAAGGAAAGGAGGAGUUGAAGGUGUAGGGCUGGGCUCAGUGGAAGGGAUUUCUCUUGUUGCAGGCCAGCAGGUGUACGCCCAGCGGAGUGAGAUGAUUGGUGUGAGUCGGCUCUCGGAACACAAUGGAGACAACAGGAUGGUUGGAAUAGGAGCAUUUCAACCCUACUUGCCGGACAAGGAGUCCCUGCAGGGCUGGGUGGGCUCUGUGUCAACAGGACAUGACGGCGGUGGGCCCGGCUUGCACAUGGCCCAGGACGCCCUCCUGUCUCCGAGAGAGGCGAAGGAGGAGUACUCAGCUGAAGUGCAGUUUGUUGAUGAACAGGGAAAAGCUAUCUCUAGAAAGGUGAGGGUGGAUGUGAGACAGGGUGCUCAGUCAUUGCAGCGCACCAGUCUGCGGAGAAUUAGACACUGAAAUACACAUACUACCCAGUCCUUCAGGAAAGGAAAGCCACUGCCAAACCAUCCUCCACAAAAACACGACCAGACCGAAGAGGAAAAUGAUCAGUGGGGCAAGGACAACAAGGACAAAGAAGAAUAAUGACAAAGAGAAUCAUCCUCGGCCUGUGACCAUGGGACAUGUCAAAACAAAAGAAGAGGAGAAAAAAAAAGCUCAACUUGUAGUUUUAUAAUAUUUGUAAAGAAAAAUAUCAAGUAAAUUAAGGCAUGAUAAGUCGCUUUUUUAUAAAAAAAAAAAAAAAAAGAAGACAAAAACAAAAAAACAUAAAUGUGAGUAAAACAACUAACAAAAAAGCAACAAAGUGCUUCCUGUGAACUGUAAUCGCAUGAUGACUGCUGGUGCAUGACCUUUGACUUUUUGAACUGUCAUUAUCUAGAAAACUGAAGGGGUACAAGGUACGAGGGCUGGCCCACGCAUGGGUCGUAGGCCUUUUAUAAGGACCUUCCCCCCUCAACUGGAGUGGUUUGUGUCAGCGAGUUGAGUCCAAUAACACAACAGCCCAAAAAAUUCCCACAAAGGAAGGUGGCCUACAAAGCAAGGCCUCUGCUGAGCGGACUGAGGCUUCUUUCACGGGACCCUUCCCCCUAUGAUUAUUCUCAGUGUGAUAUAUGCACUCUUCGCUAUGUGGACAUGUGUCGCUGUGUGUAUGUGUGCGUGUAAAUUUCUCUAGCGCAUGUGUUUCUUGCUUCUGGCUUGGCGCUGAGCCCUGCCCCAUAAUUGGCUUGUUGUCUAUGUGAUGUCAUAGCGUGCUCAGCGCUGGAAUGAGAAAGCCGCUGCUUUCCCUCGCUUGUGAGUUCUUGUCUGAGUGGUUUUUUGUUGUUGUAUGUUUUUUGGGGGUUCUUUUCUUUUUCUUUUCUUUUUUUUCUUCUUGUGGAUGAGGUAGCUUCUUGUUAUGUGUUUCUUUGGGACUUGUCGACUUUGAUUCUCGACAUUGGCUGACUUCUAGAGAGAACUGAUCCUCUAUCAACUCCAAAAUUGUGUCUUCAAGAUAAUGGGAAUGUUGUGUUUGGAAAAGGGUUGGUUGUUUGUGUGCGUUUCACAGCAGGUCUACAACACAAAUCUUGAUGUUUUCCUCCCUUGUGUUGUCUCUACAUCCUUCUCAGUUUUAUGUUUUAUCUGAAGCCACUCUCCGUAUCAGUGGUCCUCGUCUAUAUGCAGUAAUGUCACAGGCCUCUUCCAUCAGUUUGAAACUUUUGUGCUCCCACUUUUGUCUGUUUGCAUCAGCUGGAGCGCCUCACUGUCAGCUUUUGGGUCUUUUUUCGACAAAGAAAUAUUAAUGAAUAAUGAAGUGAAGGAAGUAUGAAAGUUUGAAUUCUUGAAGAUUUUUGAUGGCUCUCUGGCAAGUGUAUAGUAGCAUGACACUGCAGCAGCAUGUGAUUGUGAGAGGAACUGUGCAGCGAAUACAAACAGGUAGCACUGUGAUUGUCUUAUAAACACUGACCCCAGACUCGUGAACUGUCAAGACAAACAUUUAAACAGAACAAGAAAAAGCACACAUACACAUAAAGAUGUAGUUGAAUAAUAACAGCCUGAUCGGAUUGUCAAAGUUUUGCAGCAGCAAUAAUAUCUAAUAAGAAGAAAAAACGGAAGCUGGGGUUUUAAUCAUCUUAAGAGUUUGAAGAUGGAAGUUGUGCAGGACUGAACUCCUCGGUGGAGGCAAAUGCUGUGUCCCAGUUGUCCGAUCAACCUUGGAGUCAACAAGUCCAGAAGGCGAUGCUGAUGCAAGAUCAGAUGACUCAGCUGUAGCAGUGUUGACUGUGGAGGCCUGAAAGACUUUUCUUAGUUUUUUUUUAUGUUUUGUUUUUAGCACUAAACGUAGCAAAAUAUAAACCAGGAUACAUUCAUUUAAAACACAAAAUAUAUGUUGAGACGUUCAUUGCUGCCAUGAGGUGAAAUCCACCAAAAGUCAAUUUUAUUUUUUCUGAAAUAUUAAAGGUGAUAGCAUUUCUGAAAACAAACUGGCAUUACUGUAAGUCAUCCAUCACUGAACACCUUAUGCAGAAACCUGACGGCAGCAUUAUGUAGAGGUUGUAUCAUAGUAGCACACACUUCCCGUAAAUCCAAACACACUAUUUAUCCCACAAGUACUGUAAAUGCUAUUGUAGCCUGAAUGAGUGCGACACUGAAUGAAUGAACACAUUAGGAAUUACACAUAUGCACUUUUUUUUUCAUGCAUGUGAACCUCAUCAGAUAAUAGCACACGUUUUUUAAACAUAUCACAUUUUCCACUCAGGUUUUCAGUUCUGCUCUGUCAGAAACAAAACGUUUUUAAGGUUGGACUUAUCCUCUGGAAGGGAUAAGACGGCAAUGCUUCAGAAGUGGGCUUUGCUGUUGGCUUGGGGCUGUGAGGGGCGGUAACGGUUGAGUAGAGGGUUUUGAUGGGCGUAUGAAGCUGGAUAGUUUGUGUGCAGGUGUGAUUGUGAGAAUAUGUGCAUUUGUUUGGCUUAGUCCUUGAUUCAGAUAAGACCAAAAAGGACAGAAACCUUCUCCUAUUUUGGUGCUAAGCUCCUGUGGUGGCAUCGAUGCCUCUGUUGAUUGUGGUUAUGAUUAUUGAGCUGUACCAAUGAAGAAGAAAAAUGAACCAAACAGACUUUGUGAAGAAGCAAAGACAUGAUGAUUUCAUUUCAAAAAUGUGAAAUAUUUCAACUUAUUCUUUCAAUGCUGGCUUUUUUUUCCCUUUUUUGUCUGUGUUCAAUCUAUCUUUCAUGACAUUUUGAGUCAAACUCACUGAAUUAGCUGAAUUUCAAAGAUUUCAGUCAUGCUUUGACUGAAGGCCUUGAAACAACAGCCAGAGGAGACAUGUGCUGGGCCAACUGCACUAUCACUUAGCAUGUAGAUAACUAAGCAUGUAGAUGACUUAGCUCUCCAACGCAGUCUUACCUAAAACACAACGUUUUGAGUUGAAUCUGCAGCUGUGCUAUCACAGCAAGUAAAUUCAAACUGGCUGCAAAUUACAUUAAAGUAUAUAGUAUAGGCCGGCGUCAGUUCGUUACCAACUAUGCCUAUGAAAAUAUUUUUGAGACUUCAAGCCAGGACAGUUGAAGCAACUUGGGUUGUCCUACAAGUGAUCAUGGGCUUCUCUUGGCUAUAGGAUUGACCAAUACGUCUGAGAUGGGCUGUAGGUGAAGGGGCUGCCGUAAGAAUUGGAAUACCAAAUCCGUAUGCCUAUGGAAACAGGAGGCCUCAACUCCAUGUUUGACUGUCAGGUUCAUACGCCCUUUGAUAGACUAUAAACUUAAAAGCCCAGGGUGACCAUCCACCCUAUAUGGGCACCUCUGUAACCCAGGGUAAGGGAGGCCUAGGGUGUGCUGUCACUUGCCCAAGGUGAGCAUCCAGGCUAGUGGAGGAGAGGACGUGCCUUACUUCUCCAUUCUAGGUUCCAAGCACUGCCCCAAAUUACAUUAAAACAUCAUCUUUAACCCUGCUCUCAGUACAACCUAAAUGAAAUCUGUUGCUUUACACAUAAAAUUGAUACUUUUUAGCAAAAACUUGUUUUUAUUUAUAGUAAAAAAGGACACCUGUUGAAUUCUAUCAUCGUUAUGAAGAGUUGGCGUAAUUAUUCCUGCUCAACUCUCUGAUCAUGUGUUAAGAAAGUAGUGUGCUUGAAGCAUAGUUAUUAACAUGCAUCAACCCUUUAAGAGGCAGUUUAAAGUCUCACAAGACAUUAAAUGGUACUAAAAUCCUAUGGUUAUAGAUUUAUAAGCAGAAACAACAUGAAUAUAAUCAUUGGGCCAAAAUAAACAGCACCAAAUACUUAAAAACCACAUAUAAUGAGUGUGUAUGUGUACAUGCAUGUAUAUUUUUGCAGUGUAAUGACCCUGCUGAAAAAUAGACUAUGAAUAUGGAUUUUUCUGUCUGUGUUUCAUUUAGAGAUAGGAUUCUCCAUGGAAAUAAAUUUGAAUAAAUACAAAAGAAUCAGAAUUGAUUGAUUAGAAUUGUUCUGACAUGAAGAUAUGUAUAGACCAUCAUACCCUGUAGACCAGCUCUAAUCAUUUACAAGAUUUAAUGAACAAAGAUUGGACGUAAGUCUUUUGGUUUUCUUAAAUUAAAUGCCUUUUAAUAUAUCCAUCUGAACUAUUUUUAAGCGCAAUUAUUUUAACAUUUUUAAAACAAAAUUGGCAUGUUGUGUUAAAGAAAGGACUUGGGCUGUUACCUAAAUCCCACCACUGUGUCAGGUUUAAGCCAAAACAGAAGAAAGGAGACGUUUAGUGGUUGAUGUUACAUUUUCUGACUACACAGCCAUUAAGAUGACGCUUACCUUUAGCUGUACGUUAAAACACAGGCAAAAAUAAAACAUUCAAGUCACGCGACUUUUUUGCAGCUCGUUUAAACAUCAGUGAAGCCAGCGCAUUUGGCCCAUCCUAUGUUCACUAAACCUCUAUAAUUUACAACCCUUGCAGGUUUUGCAUUUGGGAGGGUCUUGUAAUAAUAAUAAUAACACUUAAAUAAUUUUCAUUUUCAGUCUUAUUUGAUUCGAGUUGGUGUUACUGUGCAGCACAAAAUGCAACAUUAAAGUUUUAAACCUUUGUAGCCACCCCACAGAUGUCCAUUGUGCGGCUAUUUCUCUGUUUAAUAGUUUCAUUGGUGGAGAUUUUAGUUAUGUAGCAUGAAAAGGAAACUCGUGCUUAUGAUGCAGGAGAUCUAAACUGGUGGAUGCAUUUCAAAGAAUAAAACAGGGGUUUUGUUUCACUUUUGAGGGGAAUUUGAACGGAUAGUUUCUGUACUAAAGUGUUAAGCAAAAGCUGUAAACCACCAGGCAAAUACUGUUUCAAUGUAACAUGAGAAAUAGUGUUUUGUUGAGACUGUAAGCAAGUCAGUUUUGUUCCUCAAGUUAUAGUUUUAGGACAGACUGGCCACUCUUGUUAUUUGUAAGUGUUCAGAUUGGAUUUGUGUCCAGACAGCCUCUAUAUGAUAGGUGGUUGUUGUGGUAAUGACGUAUGCAUCAAGAUCCAUGGACCAUUUUCCUCUGUGACCCACGUCUUGGGUGGGUUGGUGGCUGUAUCAGAUAAAGAAACAAAGAGGGAGACAUACUGUAGCAGAGCUUAUCAAGUCUUUCUAAAUUGCUCUACUAGAAGCAGCAUUGAUAAGGAUUUUGGAUUUGAUGUCAUCAUUGUGAGUUGCACUUCGAGUUGCUGAAAAUAAAUAUAAACAUCAAAUUUGAGGGGCCAAAGCAACUGGACUGAGGUGCAUCUGUGGAAAUUUGGUCUGAAUCAUAUUUCCAUUCUCAUUUUUGUGGCUAUUUUAUAAUUUUUCUUUGCAAUCUGGACAUGCCAAAUAAAUUUGUUUGGGCAGUCUGAACAUGGCUAUAAUGUAAGGUUACCGCUUACAUUAUAGGUUGAUCACUUUUCCUUUCCAUCAGUUCUUGCAAGUGUAGCCAAACCAACUAAAAACAUAAUUUUAAAGCAGUACUCUGUGUAGCAGUACCACGUCUGUCCACAUGGGGGCAUAGCCCUGCAGUGAUGACAAAAGAUACACUGACAAUGCUGUGUUGAUCAGACACGGGCCAGCACAUCUUGUAAUGCUGCUUUCUCCCACUAGAGAUGCACUUUGUUGCGUCUUACACAACUUUCCUGUGGUAUGCUGCCCCCGUGUGAUCAGAUGUGGCGUUGUUUCAUAAGGUGGCUUUAGGGACUAUAACUUUGGCCUUUAAUCCUUCUCUCCUCAGUUAUCUCAGAGUUCAGAUGUUAUUUGACAUUUGUUUUGUUUAAGAAAAAACUGGAUUAUACUUUUGAUUUCUGACUAGUACGCGGGAUCUUGUGCAAUCUGACAAAUCCACCUUAACCAUUUUUGUGUUAACAGUAUGAAAGAGUGUGCAUGAUGAUGCUUCAAGGCUUGUGGAUCCGAUUGAAAAGGAAUGUUUUUUAACAGGCAUGUGACUGAGGAGGAGGACAUGUAACCUACAAUGAUGUAUUUCAAAACGAGUGUUGUACAAUUUUAACUGUUGCAAAGAAUAAAAUUCACCUAUACUCCUUUAGAAUGGAUACAUGACAAUGUAAACGCAAUAUUGUAUUACUCUAUCCUAAGGAAUGCAACUGCACACAUGCACAAAAAUAUGUUUUUAUGAAAAUAUAUGUAUAAAUAUAUUACAAAAUAUAUUUAAUUAGAAUGCUAUGCACCCUCAUAGAAUUGUUAUGGAUGUUCUUUAAUGAUUAUCUAGACUAGGCCAACGCCCACAUCAUGGGGAAUGUAGAGGCUUUGUAUCUAUGACCAUUUGUUUUCUUUUCUUUUGUAUUGGCCCGAGAGAGGAUAAACAAACGUGAAUAUGUAUACAAGCCUUUUGAUCAGAAUUGUUCUGACAUGAAGAUAUGUAUAGACCAUCAUACCCUGUACACCAGCUCUAAUCAUUUACAAGACUUAAUAAACAAAAAU